AUGCGUGCCGCACGAUCUGUACCGACCAACAUAUGGAGCAACAAGGUACUAUGCGAAGACGAGCGUUGCGUCGCAGUGCACUGGGACGUGGGCUUUAAGCACGACUGCACCAAUUACCCAAACCAUUGCAACUACCUGUCAGGCUACCUCGGCCGUGAGUCGUCCUUGGGCGUGCUCUUAACCGACAAGUUCUCCCUCCCCACGACCAAUGACCGCCUCAACUUCGCUCUUGGCUGUGGGUACGACCAGGAAGGUGGGCUGGACAAGAGGCCCGUGGACGGCGUCCUCGGUAUCGGUAAGGGAAGGAGGGACUUUGUCUCGCAGCUCAAGCUGCAAGGGAUGAUCGACGAGAAUGUCCUCGGCCACUGCCUCGGUAUCCAUGGAGGGGGCUUCCUCUUCUUUUGGCGCGACAGGGACAGGAUUCCCUCUGCUGGUGUAACAUGGUUUCCCAUGGUUAAGGAGUACCGGAAUUACUACUCACCUGGCAGAUCAACAUUGAAUCUCGAGGUACAACAGAAAUACCCCAUUAGCGUGACACCGAUGGAUGCUGUCUUUGAUAGUGGUAGCACCUACUCCUACGUGCCUAAGGAUGCAUACGCGCGCCUUCUUUGGGCUGUGGAUAUCACUCUCCAAGGCUCAUCACUUUGGGAGGUGACCGAUUCUGCGCUUCCUAAAUGCUGGGGACGCAACGAGCCAAUACAGUCUAUUGACGACGUCAAGAAUGAAUUCAAACCACUCGAAUGGUCCUUUGCCCAUGGGAAUAACCAGGCCACCGUGGAGAUCUCUCCUGAAAAAUAUAUUGUUGUCACACGCGGGAAUGUGUGCUUGGGUAUCCUCAAUGGAUCGGCGAAUGGUAUUCACGACUUUAACAUAAUUGGGGACAUCAUGAUGCAGAACCAUGUUGUGAUUUAUGACAAUGAGGGAGCACAGAUCGGAUGGGUCCGUGCAUUGUGCGACGAAUUGCCUGGGCCUCAACCACUCAUCGGUUCACGCCUCUAA